UUUUUUCUUUUUCUCUCCUCUCUCUCUCUCUCUCUUGCCUCUUUGGCCCUCCUCCAACACUUUAGCUCUUGGCUCGUAUAUACGCAUGUGUGUGCGUGUCCGUGCGUGUGUGUGUAUCUUGAGUGUGUACGUAACGGAGGAAGUUCAUUCUGUCGAGGGUGAUGUUCAGACCGGCUGGCAUGAGCGGCUCCUCCGAGGGCGAGUUCGAGGACGAGUUCGAGGACGACCUCGGAGGGGGAGCUGAGGGGGGGUCGAGGAGGAGCAGAGCGCUGGAGGAAGUGAUUGACAUGACGCCCACGCAAGUGAAACAAGAGGAACAGCCCGGAUCAACCGACUCAGGAUAUUUUAAUAGCGAAUCGGCAGCAGAGAGCCUCGGAUCAAUCUCUUUAGCCAAUGGAAGUGAGCCAAACAGCCUGACUGUCCGAGAUUCUCCAGAGAAGUCUGAAAGCCUCUUUAAUGGGCAGUACAGUUCUCUCUCGCCCGGUUACUACAAUGGCUACGGUUAUUCUAAAGCCCCGAGUCCUGCCCCCUCGUGGUGCUCGCGAAAGAGCCACAGUCCAGCCCCGAGCGGAUCCUGGAGGCGGCACCGCAUGCACGAGGGCUAUUCCCUGCCCUUGGAUGAGUUCCGCAUGGCUGCCAUGCAGGGCAACCUCCCCGUCAUAAAAGCACUCGUCAAACAAGAUUAUGUUGAUUAA